AUGGCUGCUACUGGUGCUGAUAGUCCCCUGGGCUCAGACAAGGGGAAAAUUUAUGGUGGUCUCACCAAGAUCAUCUUCACAGAUCACCCCAAGUAUGGUGCCACAUACUUGUCUAAUCCUAAAAAAUUCUGUGAUGCUAUUGGCAGUUGCAUUAACAUUUUCAGGAAUAAAUACAAGAAGGUGAAAGUGAUGUUUGGCAGCACAGGUGCUGGCGUGAUGCCAGCUGAAGGGAGUCAGGCAAAAAACUUAAUGGAUGUGGCAAUUUUGGAGCUGCCGUGGUACAAAGAUCUAGAUACCAUUUGGCACUCCAAUCUAUCCAUGGCCGCAACCACCCACUCCUCAAAACCUGGCGUUGAUCAUGCUGGUGCCCUAUAUACCCUUCAGUUGUCACAUCCCCCCAACACUCAGCAGUACUUGCAUCCCCCCAGUGCUCAGCAAUCACAUUCCCCCAUACCUCCUAACAUGCAUGUAUUUGCCAGCAGCCAGUAUCCGCCACCUGCGCUGCACCAAUCCCCUCCUGCUUCAUCCUAUCCCUCCUCCUGCGCUAUGUCCCCCAAUAUCCAUCUUCCUGGCCUUCCGUCAGAUGACAAUGAUGCCAACAAUUGGGAUCUUUCCAAGGACAAUGGCAUGAUGCUCGAUGAUGAUGCAAUCAUGCUUGACAACACUUCCCCAGUUGUGGGGAAGAAGCAUCAGCUCCCCUCAAUGCCAUCUCCUCCUCCCAACCUCCCAGAACCAUUUGAUAUGCUGUUGAAAAAAUUGGUGUCAGCCUACCAUAGCUGUUUGGCAUUCAGGGUGCAGAAGGCCUUGAGCCGUGAGGGCCACUGCAGGCUGCCAUUGGAAAUAUUGUGCAGUGCAUCAACACCAUUGUUGAAAAUGCGCAACACUACCUUGGUGUCAGACUUCCAUAUGUCCCUGACACCUGAGACCUCCAUUCCGCAUAGUGCUGGCAGCUCAAAGAAGAAGGCAACAUCAGAUGUGUCAUACAAACACCUCCACUUCCUCGCAAAACUCAAGGUCAAAAGUGAGCAUAAUCAGGACACUAAAAAAUACAAAUGGCUCCAUUCCACCCACGAGUACGAAACCUCCCAAGCCGCUGUCACCCAUCAGUGCAUGCAAGAGGAUAAAGCCACUGAGAUUCGCCUUCGUAAGAUGGACAUUCACAUCCACCAAGCACAUUUGGAGGUCCUUGACAAGGAAGCGGAGACUUUGCGACUCAAAAUUCAAUUCCACCAAAUGGUGCAGGCCAGCAAGGUGGCAUCAGAUGGAGGAGUUGGGUGA